GCGUCUCUUCGUUCUUUUUACCGCUUCUGCACUCAUUCCUCGGUUGGCUCUCUGUGCCUCAUUCUUUGCUUCUGGCCUGCGAUUUUUGGUGCAUCUCCAAUGACCGUUUCAAUUGCUUAAUCUGUCCUUUUCUACAAAUUAUCCGAGGCACGGCCGUCUCUCCUGUACUGAGGCUAAAGACUGGUUCUUGCUCCUCAUUUCUUGGAUAUCCAACGGCUCCGAAUACAAUACAGCUUUAUUAUAUAUAUACCUACAACCUCGUCGAGACUAAUUCGCUUCGAAACUCCAAUAUCCGCAACAAUGGGCUGGCUUGCGACAUGCACGGGCUACCUGGCGCCCUUGUUCAUUAUCCUCUCGCCCGUCCUCUCCUACGGCGACCAGGCCAUCUCGAUGCACCGCAACAAGACCAGCGCGGGGUUCUCUCUCGACAUCCCCCUGAUCAUGCUGGUCGCAUCUCUGUUCAGGAUCUUCUACUGGCCCGGCGCACGAUUCGACCAGAGCCUGCUGAUACAGUCCCUGAUCAUGGUGGGGAUGCAAGUGGCGCUUCUCAAGAUUGCGCUCGAUCACCGACCGGCCCCUUCGAACAAAGGCGGAGAGGCCGGGCUGCCAUUCGCUGCUGCCGAAGGUCUCUUUUCGCAGCGGCCGUAUAAUUUCUGGCAAUGGAGGUCGCCGAAGCCAUACUGGCAAUUCGUUGUCUACCUCUUCGCGGGCCUGUUGGUUUGCGAAGUUGUCAUGUCGAGCAUUCCUCCCGUCUAUGCCACGUACUCGGUCCUCGUCGGCUACAUUGGCCUCUCCGUCGAAGCCACGCUCCCGAUCCCGCAGAUCCUCGCCAAUGCGCAAUCCAAGUCUUGCAAGGGCUUCCGUCUGUCCGUGCUCGCCAGCUGGAUCGGAGGCGACGCCAUGAAGAUCUUUUGGUUCUUCACCGCCACGUCCGAGAUCCCCUUGGCCUUUAAGAUCUGCGGCAUCUUCCAGGCUUGCUGCGACUGCUUCCUCGGCGUCCAGUACUUGAUAUACGGAGAAGGCGAGACCACCGUCAAGGGUCACCCUCUGCAGGAUUUCUCGGCUCAGGAGAUUGGGACGCAGCAGCAGGGGAGUACGACGCCCACACGGCGGUCGGCGCCAUUUAGCGACUACGAGAGGAAUUAGACGGGAGCAGGCGUUAACUGGCACGGGAGACGAUGCAGGGGUGUUUGAGAUUUUUGGAUACACGCAUUUUUUUUUAGACUAACAAUAUCGAACCUCAUGGUUAUCAGUGAUAGAUUUGGUAUAAUACCUAACUAAUAGUAGGCCUACCUAUCAUACUUUUUUAUUCGAAAUAUAUAGAUCCCUGUGUUUAUACGCAUAUACGUACAUACAUGUCGAAUUGAAAGCCAUCUACAUGUUUGCAUUUUUCAAGCUUUUCUCAU